AUGAAACGAAAACAUUCAGAACAAGAACUAACAACCAAAUCAACCAAACAAAGAAUCACAAGAAACAAAUCAAAAUCAAUCAAAAUCACCAGACCAUCAUCACCAUCAACACCAACUCAAUCAAAACAACAACAACUAUCAAGAUUCACUACAAUUCAAUCUGAAGAACAAGAACAAGAACAAGAUCAAAUCACUCCAACUCAAUCAAAAUACAAAUCAAAUCAAAAACAACAAGAACUAGAAAAGGAAAAAGAUCAACAAGAACAGGAUCAAGACCUUCAUAUCAUUUCAAACAAGAACUCAAAGAUACAAGUUCUAUUAAAUCAUUACAAUGAAGGCAAGAAAAGUACCAAAGAUUACAGAGAUACGAUCGCACAACUAUCCAACCUGAUCUCCAAAGACCUAUCAACUUCACUAAUCACAUGGGAUCAUGAACUAAGAAACCAUACUGAACCAUACGAUAUGUAUUCUAAAACGUUUACACUCUGGCCAUUAAAUUUAUCAGCUUGUCCUCAAUCUGAAUGGACAUUUAAUGAAGAAAUCAUAGGAUUAUUAAAUCGAUUUUAUUUUCAAAAAGAUGAGAUUAAAUCUAACUUAUUGAAGGAUGAUGAAGAUUUCGAUUUCGAGUUGAAUGAAAGUCAAUCGAAUUCUAUUUCAAAUCAAAUCCAUCUUACUUUCGAAUCACUCUUGACCGAACUUAUUAAAUAUGUACCAAGGAAUCCGGUCAAUCGAAAAUCAAAACAAAUCCGACUUAAAGACUCGAAUCCAUCGAUCCAGAAAGAUUUAGAUCCAGGUUUGGUUAAGAAAGAUUUAGAUCCAGGUUUGAAAUGGAAAGACGUUUUGACCGUUUCAAGUACACUAGGAAUCCAUCAAAAUGUUUUGGACCGUACAAGAGAUAGGUUAGAAGAACUUUAUCAUGGUACUUUGAUCUUUGAUCAUGUGUUAAGUCCAAUUGUUGAAUAA